AUGAAGGGCUGCCUCGCCAACCAGGCCGACCUGGACACCGAGUGGCAGAACCUCAUCGGUGAGAGACACGCAUGUCCGCCCGACUGCUCACACACACACAGCAAAUAUACGCACACACUCUCAGUCUUUGUCCUUGUUUUUCUCCUGUCUCUGUUUGUCCAGACACCAUGCUGCAGGUGGCGUCUAGUUUCAGUGCUGACCCCAGUGUGGACGUGGUCAUCUACUCCAUCCCCCUCCGUAUCUCAGAGGCCAUCCUCUACAUGCAGGAGAACACAGAGGUCUUCACCAGCAAGGUCAGUUCAACCAGCACCAAACGCUGACUAAACCUUCACUCCCAAUUAUGACCCACGCUCUAUGCUAUUUUACAUGUGUUUGAGUCUCAGAUCUGUGUGUCUAAAUGUGUGUUUGGUGGUAGGUGUUUCAGGCCUGUGGGACCCCCAGGGUGGCAGGCACACAGAGUUCAAGGUCUGAGGAGAGAAAGAAGAGAGUUAACCCCGCCAGCACCGCAAUGGAGUACAAACCCAGCCCCACCGCAGGGGUCCGACUGGAGAUGCAGGUGUGUGUUUCAUUAAAACUGCAGGACAUCCUCUCUGUUGAGUCUAAUGAGUCCAGUAGACCAAGAACAGCUCUCUCCCUCUCUCUCUCGCUCUCUCUUUGUGUGUAUACAUGCAUGUUUUGUGUCGACUAGUCUGUCAUUUCUCUCCUAGAUAUCUAAUGUGUCCAGUAGACCAAGAACAGCUCUCUCUCUCUCUCUCUCUCUCUCUCUCUCUCUCUCUCUCUCUCUCUCUCUCUCUCUCUCUCUCUCUCUCUCUCUCUCUCUCUCUCUCUCUCUCUCUCUCUCUCUCUGUGUGUCUGUGUCUGUCUGUCUGUGUGUGUGUAUAUACAUGAGUGUUUUGUGUCGACUAGUCUGUCAUUUCUCUCCUAGAUAUCUGAUGUGUCCAGUAAGCUGCGGGAGAUGCAGCAGUACUGGGUCCAGCUGCCAGCUGCUCUGUGCAGUAGUAAAGUGGCAGCAGGAGCAGCUAGUGACGACAAGUGCUGGAAUGGCAUGAGCAAGGCC